AUGCACGCUGCCAUCAGCGCACGGCCAGCCACGGCCAGUCACCGUCUUCGUCCACCCUCCACAUGUGCGCUCUUCACCGCAGCGCAGCGCAGCCCUGUCUGCUCCCCGGAUGUCUGGUUUCAAUCUCGAGUGCUUCCAGAUGCCCCCAUCCACCUAUCAGCCAUCCAGUCUUCUUUGCAACCCUCCAUCUCGUCACAGUCCGCCACCCUCCACCAUAUCUGUUUCCAGUCUAAGUCGGACGAAACCCGCACACGGCCAAAGACGACGACGACGACGAGAGAGCGAGAGCGAGAGAGAGAAGGCCUUUUAAAAAAAGACAUCUCAUCCAUUCACCUACCGUCCUCGGCCUGCCCUAUCCGACCAGUUGACGUCUGUCAUUGCUUAUCCCGUCGCUCGGCCCUGGACGACGACUUAUCAAGAACUCCUGCUCCUCUUCCGCGCACCCGGGCUGCUUCUGCCACCUGCGACUCUUCUUGCAGCCGGUCAAUUGGCAUUCCGACUCCAAAAGUUGGUGGACAAGCUCAUCUCCUCAAUACCAAUUCGCCUUCGCAGCCGUCAUCGCCGACUCCGACAUUCACACGUGUCCCGCAUCACCAACCAAGGCAGCCGCAGCCGAAGACGGCACAUCCUUCGGUCGGACGAGAGCCUCUGCAGUGUUCAGCAGCACCGCAGCACCGCAGCAUCGCACCGCUGCAUGUCUCCCAACGUCGCCGUCUUCGCCCCCAGUGCCAGCCAUCAGCUCGACCCAUCAGCUCCAGCCCAGCAUUGAUUGCUCUCGAGCCAGCGCUUGCACCACUUGCCCGAGACACCAACCACAGCAGGCCAAGUACCUCGGUGCUGGAGUGCGCAGGUGCUACCGUCGACACCAUGCCGCGAGACAGGGACCUGGACAACGCAUCGUCCGGUGGCCAAUCAAAGCGCCCUCCCCUCAACCACCGGGACAGCGACUCUCACAGCGACACGACAAAUACCUCGGGAGCUCCGUCUCACCCUCAUCGUACAAAGCAUCACCAGAAGCAGCACCACGUCGGCCACGCUGGUCGCCUGCACGCCCGCGUCCCUUCCUCAAAAGCAGUCCACAAACAGCAUGGCAACGCUCAUCCUCACCCUCACCCUCAUGCCCACACCUCCAAGCUGAAUCGACGACCAGCUUCGCGACCUACCUCGCCCACCGAAUUCGACCAAGUCGCCCAGCGCCCGCCGCCGCACCGCAGAGCCACCAGUGAAGUCAAGCUCUCCCGCCAGUCUUUCCCCGCCAAUCUGCCCAAGAGCUUGUCGCACACGAGCUUGAAGCGCAAUCGCUCACACGUCGAGGUUGGCAAACGGACUCGGUCGUCGGACAAGCUCAAACGAAGCUCGAGCGGCACGGGUAUACAUAGGCAGCCUGCUAAACCCAGCAAGAUCCAGGUGCAUUUUGACCUAGGGAGCGACGAUCCCGAAGACGAGUGGGUGGAUGCCAGCGGCUCCAAUUCACCAUAUCUCUCACGCAAAGGCUCGCUCAACAGCAGCGCUCAAUCGUCUUUGAGGCAAGGACCUAGUGCCGAGAACUCGCGGCCCGUGACCCCGAGUACUACUUCCAAAUCCCGGGAACCAGACCGUCCGUCACCAGACCGUGAAACAUCUCACCAUAAAGAAUACCUCACCUCUCGCCUCCUACAGCGAACACCGUCGCACGGUGCACCGCCGCAAAUGACCGUCGACCUUGCCAAUGCAGCACCGGCGCAACUGUCCCGCUCCGUCAGCUCCACUGGCCGCAACGUAACGCCUUCGGCAGGGAGCAAUCAAGAUGAGCUAGUGUCCCGAUUUGUCGAUGCUGCCAGUUCUGGCCUGGCAAGCCAGGGAUCAUUUUAUCACCCAGCUCACGCCACCGGCCGAGGUCCGAAUGAUGUCCCCCGAAGGCCCGACUCAAUGACCCAUAUCGAUCUGGCCCCGAAAAAUGACGAUGCCGAACCAGUGCCGGUGCCGGUGCCAUCGGCCGAAAUCGAUAACAGCGCCUUGGUACCAAAGGCUGGCAGGCGGACAGUGGGCCCGCCGGCAGAAACAUCACGCACACAGCAAAAGUUGAAUUUGCAGCGGGCUAGCUCAGUAUUGGAGCCUGGCCAAGCAUUGACAGGGGCAGUGGGUGUAGUUGGAGCGAGCCCAUUGAUCGGCGUUGGGGGUCCUGGCUACGACGGAGGAAACAGCCGUGAUCCUCGUAUUGGCAAACUGCUGGAACGAACAGGCAUGGAGUACCUCGUCGUUCGGAGAUAUCAAAACCCCGUUGCUCGAUCUUUGAACCGCCUCAGUCGUCUUCCCGGGAUGGAGAAGAAGCGAAGGAUUCCACGCACAGCUGCUGGCUCUUUGAAUGGCAAACGGACUGUGGAUGUCAAUGCUCGACAUACUCGAAACGUCAGUAUGCCGGAUCCGCGCCAAACCGCGCUCAAAUCUGGUGCAUCAAUUAGAACCAAUGGAGCUGGUUCCAGCUUUGACGGAGAUGACGUUGCCAGAUUGAAUGAACGAUUAAGCGGAGCGAGCCUAGUUGCGGCCGAAGAGGAGGAUGGUACGAACGCUCUGCUUCGUAAUCUAUGGGACAAAUCGAUGGAUCUUAGCGCCAGUACUGACUAG